CCACCAUCCUUUGGUGCGCUGCACCUUGCUACCCCAGAAGACGUGCUGCGCCUCGGAGUUGUCUACACAGCGGCUUUUCGCUACUCUGAACAGUUCAUCUGGGAGCGUCCAUACCAUUCCAAAUACCCUCAAGAUACUAUUCUUUCCUUUCGACAUGAAGUCACCACGCUGAUCAAGGACCCGAAAAUGAUUGUCUUGGUGGCAGUGGACAAAUACGAACCAGACGAGUCAUCGAAGACCGACGCCACCAUCCCGGUAGACAAUGGCUGGACUCCUCCGGAGAAGGGACACGAGGUAGUUGUUGGCAUCGCUGUCUGGCAAUUAGAGCCUGGUUGCAAACGGAUUGGGCACUUUCAGCCAUCGUCGAGUAAUUAUCCUGAUUUGCCAGAAUAUCUUCAUCGUGAUGAGAAUCCGACUCGAGUACAAAUCAUUCAAGGUGUUUAUGGAGAACUUGAACAUGAAUACUUCCAUCAUGCGUCUGCCAUGGAAAGAACUGCUGUUCAUCCCGCAUAUUGGAGACGCGGUCAUGGCAGUACUUUGGCGAAAUGGGGUCUUGAAUUGACAAAGAUGGAUCAAGUCAAUCAAGCAGUCUUAGCAACUUCUAUGGGCGCAGAUCUCUUCAAGUACAUGGGCUUCAAACCACUCACCGAACGUGAGAUCAAUGGUGGCGAAGAAGAUCCUACUGGUUAUACCAUUGCUGCGUUGGAAUAUUUUGUGGAAGAUGGAAACUGAGCUGAGAUAUUUUUAGGUCUUGUGGAAUUUUUCAAAUAGCCCUCAAAUUACUACAAACAAAGAACAGAAAGCGGUCAAAUCAAG